UGUUUUCAGUGUAGUCGCCCCUUGAAUUGCACCGUUAGGUUAGGGUGAACCGUGUCGUUUCGACCAGCUAGCAGCAGUUCUCCACUGCGAAUUUGUACGUUUUAAUUUAUCUAAUACCGAUAACUUACAUACUGCGCUACACAUUCCACUGCAUAUUCUUUCGUUAGUCGCUGGCUAACAAGUUAGCAAACUUAGCCAAUGCAACCAGCUAAUGUUAGCUGUCAAAACAGCGUAGCUAUGGCAAAAAAUGAGUUAUCUGGUGAAAAUGUGAGAUAGCUACAUAUAGCGUCAAGUUAGCAACUGGCGAAGAACGAAUUACUAUACUGAUUAACUAAUUUGUUGGAAAUGUGAGGUUACGUAACAACAUACAUUAUGUAAUACAACUACUUAAAUUGUUCAAAACGUACACGUUUAAUACUCGACUCGGAACUACGGACACGUUUCUUGAAGCACAGGGGUCAGCUUACAUCAGCCCACACCACUCGGGCACAACAGGAAGUAGCCAUGUUGUUCAGUUCACACUUCACAGUGAGGAAUUUCCACAGAUCUGUGGGUAUUCCAACUUGUCUUUAGAGUGGUCUUUUUUCGCCAUUAAAAAGGAGUUAAAACUAAGAGUAAAAAGAUAGGGUCGCUAAUUUGUCAAGACGGAUUUUAAACGUAGUCCGAGUUCUGUAACUUAUCUAGCAGUAACUAGCUAGCUACUUGGCUAACUAAACAAACGCAAACCAUGCCAUCCGUCAGUCGGUCAAGGAGUCGAAGCCCGGAGCCUAAAAACACCCACAAACGAAAUGGUCGAUCCAAGAGUCGUGACUUAAGUCCGGCCCACCGCACAAACAAGAAACAUGAUGGAAAUUCCAUCAACGAAAGACUUCUGCGAUUAUGCGAUUCCAAGGCGGGUCAAGUCACUGGUAUUUAUAAGAGAAGCAACCGGAGUCGGUCCAGGUCUAGGUCCAGAUCCAGAUCCAAGUCCAGAAAUGAGAGACACGGCCACUCAUCUCGUUUUGCGCAAUAUGACAGAAAGGAUAAUGCCUAUUGGCAUUCGAGGGAAGAUCCCUUUAUGGCCAGACGGCUACAGGAACGGGAGAAAAUUGGGGAAUUUGGGUCACCUGAAGUGUGGGGCUAUUCGCCAAGAGUAAGAGAUCCAGAUUCUGAUGAGCAUACCCCUGUGGAGCAAGAUGUGAAUAAAGGCAAAUCGAGUUCCAGUUCUGAAGGAGAAAAGAGAAAGAAACGAAAGAAGAAGAAGCGUAAAAAGAAGCACAGGAAACACUCCGAGGACAGUGAGUCUGAAAGUGACUCGGAUGGGGAAGAAGUAAAAAAGAAGGAAAAGAAGAAAAAAAGAAAAAAGAAGAAGUCAAAAAAGAAGAAGAGUAAGAAGAGCCGCAAACAGUCCAGUGAAUCGAGCAGUGAUCAAAGUGAGCAGGAGGAGGACCCCAGUGGAGAGCUAUGGGUGGAGAGAGAGAGCACAGGUCCACUGAUUGUGGGCCCUGAGGUUCCCCUUACCCAUCUGUCCCAGGAAGUGGGUCUUACAGAUUUUGGACACGCACUGUUGCCCGGUGAAGGUGCGGCCAUGGCUGAGUAUGUGAAAGCUGGCAAACGUAUCCCCAGAAGAGGUGAAAUUGGACUGACCAGCAAUGAGAUUGCAGACUUUGAGAAGUCAGGCUUUGUGAUGAGCGGCAGCAGGCAUCGCCGCAUGGAGGCAGUGCGUCUGCGAAAGGAAAACCAGAUCUAUAGCGCUGACGAGAAGAGAGCAUUGGCAUCCUUCAAUAUGGAGGAGCGCAGGAAGAGGGAGACCAAGAUUCUGUCCAGUUUCCGUGAGAUGGUGUACCGGAAGACUAAAGGCAGUGACAAGCCAUAGGCUGUACAUCGCAACUUUAAGUACUAAAUAUGUGAAAUUGGUGGUUUUGACAAAAAAAAUAUUUUUUAGAUAUGGAAUAUUUUUUAAGCUUUGUCCCUGUUAUCUCUGAAGUAUCUUGAUGUUUUUGUACACAGUUGUCAUCAGUAACCUUAAUGACAAUAAUCCAAUUCUGUCAAUGAGGUAAAAAUUUAAAUGUUGUGUAAAUCAUUUCAAAAUCAAAUGGAGAACAUUGUAUGUAAUGGUGAUUAUUAAAAUGAUUAAAAAGAAGGGUCACUUAAUAAUUACUUUGCAUUACUGGGCUGUUUGAACGCAUCUCAAUGUGGUUAUUUUAGUUUUGAAGGACAUUCUGGCUUCUAAGUGAAAUAUUUUCUCAUUUUUUCAAUACCUUGCUUUUUCCCAGCCAAUAUCAUGAAAAGGACUUGCAGAUAUAUUGCCUCAUAACUAUAAGAUGGGAAUGCUGUGUGAAUACAUAAGGCACAAGGCACACUUUUAACCUGUUGGUGCACAGAAUUCUACAUCUGGCAAAGAAGUACACUUGUUUAAAAGGAGCAAAAUUAAUAAAGCUUGCUGUCAUGUUG